CGACACGGCACCCAAGAUCAUUGCCGUCGGUCUUUUCCAACCCGUUACACGCAGUAUGAUGCCUUAAACCCCGUGGACAGUGCCAGAGUGGCACAUUCUAUCAAGAUGGAUCCAGACAAAUCUCGCCCAGGCGCGCAGCCUAUUAGGCGAAGCAGUUCUGCCAGGCGCAUAACCCGCCGGGGCUCGAACAUGAGUACAGCCAGUUAUGUAUCUGAGGUUGAGAUGGCAACCGAAGAGCCAUGGUCGGGUCCGAUAUCAGAGAGCGUUCCCUCGAGUCAAAAUACAUUUGCGUACCAAGGCCGACACAGAAAGCGAGCCGGUUCGAUCACUUCGUACACGUAUUUCGACGAAGAGUCGCCACAGUUCUCUGAUGAUGAGGAAGCUGUCGAGUUCCUAAGUGACGAAGAGGACGGACAAAUACCCGCAGAAGAACGCGAUAUUGAAGCUGGGGACGGCUCUUCGCUUCAUCGCAAAUCUUCAAGCAGACACAGAGCUUCAGUGGACCAGCCGCUACUUCGAAGGCAUGCUUCCACACGGAGUGAUACGCAAGAGCACGACGAGGGCGGGAAUGUGACGCACAGAAUCUAUCUCAGCGCAGAUGAUUUUGAAAUGGUCAUUGCUGGUUUCUCGACCAGUACUCUCGGGUUCCUCCUGUACAUUGCAAUCUGUGUCUUGACCGCUGGUGUCGGCUAUCUUGUCUUUCGUUGGGUUCCACGAUGGCGCAUAUUCCUGGUUGGGUGCCCUACGCCCCUCAAAAAAUGCUCUUGGGUUGUUAUUGAGAACCAAUGGGGCGAAUUUACUGUUCACUAUGUGUCCUCCGAGGAAUAUGGCCAUCCGUUGUCGACUGUCUUUACUCGUUCUGGAAAGGAAAAGCUCAAUGCCUACCGAUAUGACGAAGACAGAGAACUCCCUGUUUUGAGAUACCUUGACUACAGAUAUAUGAGGUUUUUGUACCAUCCUAUUGAGGACAAAUUCGUCCUCAACAAUGACUGGUGGGAUCCUCAGUGGAAGGCCGUCAAGGCCCUACGCGAGGGUCUGGAUACCGAAGAGAGGGAGCCAAGAGAGCAGGUCUUUGGCAAGAACAUGAUCGAGAUCCAGGAGAAGACCGUACCUGAGCUCCUUCUCGAUGAAGCUUUUCAUCCUUUCUACAUCUUUCAAGUCGCAAGUCUCGUCUUGUGGUCCCUGGAUGAAUACUAUUACUACGCCGCGGCAAUCUUCCUGAUAUCUGUCUUCUCUAUUUCCAGCACUGUCAUUGAAACACGUUCGACAAUGCGUCGUUUGAGGGAAAUUUCGCGUUUCGAAUGCGAUGUGCGCGUGCUCCGAAAUGGCUUCUGGCGUUCUGCCCAAUCUGGUGAUCUUGUGCCUGGAGACGUCUACGAAGUUUCGGACCCUUCACUUUCGCAGAUACCUUGUGACAGUCUCCUCUUGUCCGGUGAUUGUAUCAUAAACGAAAGCAUGCUGACUGGGGAGUCCAUUCCAGUUUCAAAGGUACCUAUUACGGACGAAGCUCUGCCAUAUGUUGAUCUUGGUGCGGCUUCAAUUCACCCAAGCGUCGCUCGAUACUUCCUCUUUUGCGGAACAAAGAUAAUUCGAGCGAGACGGCCACAAGAUACCGAAGAUGACGAGGCAGUUGCUCUCGCCAUGGUUGUUCGCACAGGGUUCAACACCACCAAGGGCGCUCUGGUUCGUUCCAUGCUCUUCCCCAAACCAUCGGGUUUCAAGUUCUACCGGGAUUCCUUUCGGUACAUCUCGGUCAUGGGCUUUAUUGCUGCCAUUGGUUUCGUUGCCUCGUUCAUCAACUUCGUCAAGCUGGGCCUAGCAUGGCAUCUCAUCGUUGUUCGAGCUCUGGAUCUCAUUACAAUAGUUGUGCCUCCAGCCCUACCAGCAACCUUGACGAUCGGUACGAAUUUUGCUCUAUCCCGACUUAGGAAACAACAGAUCUUUUGUAUCAGCCCGCAACGAGUCAACGUCGCAGGCAAAUUGGACGUAGUAUGCUUCGACAAGACCGGAACAUUGACUGAGGAUGGAUUGGACGUCUUGGGGGUCAGGCUCGUCCAGCAUCCAGAAAUUCGCUUUGGGGAUAUCCUCGAAGAAGCUCAUGCGAUCUUGCCUCCAGCGUCUUACGACCGUGACCCUACGGUCGACUAUCGUGUCAACAAGAGUAUGCUCUAUGCAAUGGCCACCUGUCAUUCACUUCGACUUGUCGAGGAUGAGCUUAUUGGUGAUCCCCUCGACCUGAAAAUGUUUCAGUUCACUGGCUGGUCCUUUGAAGAAGGGUCCCGCCUCACGAACCAUUUCAUUGAGAUAGGGACGCAUCAGACUGCCCCUAGUGUAGCCCGCCCUCCUCACGGAUUCGAGUACGACCUGGAAGAUUCCGAGGACAAUCCUCACCCAGUUCGGGUUGAAUUGGGCGUACUACGCUCAUUCGAUUUUGUCUCACAUCUACGACGUGCCAGCGUCAUCGUCCGUCAACAUGGGGAUCCCGGAGCAAGCGUCUAUGUCAAGGGUGCUCCUGAAGUCAUGAAGGACAUCUGUACGGCGUCAAGCAUACCCGAUGAUUUUGACGAUCUUCUCAGCUACUACACCCAUAAAGGCUUCCGUGUCAUUGCUUGUGCGUCAAGGUACAUUUCCCGGGUAAGCUGGGAUGAAAUCCAGAGCAUGGAGAGGUCCGAAGCAGAAUCCAGGCUUCAGCUGCUUGGCUUCAUCGUCUUCGAGAACAAGUUGAAGGAAAUCACCACGGAAAUCAUCGAGGAGUUGAAUGAGGCCCGCAUUCGUAACGUCAUGUGCACCGGUGACAACAUCUUGACCGCUAUCAGCGUGGCAAGAGAAUGUGGACUGAUUGACCGCGACCAGCACUGCUUCGUUCCUCACUUCCUCGAAGGGGACAAGAUGGACCCGAAAGCUCGGCUGAUCUGGGAAAGCGUGGACAACCAGAUCUACCAGCUUGACGAGAACACAUUACUCCCGCUGGAAUUGCCUGCCGAGCAGAACACCGCCGCCCCGUAUGAUGCAUUGACCAUCGGGGACUAUACUUUAGCUGUCACGGGCGAUGCUUUCCGCUGGGUUGUUGACUAUGGCUCUUUGGAAGUUCUACAAAGAAUGCUCGUGAAAGGGGCUGUGUUCGCCCGCAUGUCACCUGACGAGAAGCAUGAGCUGGUCGAGAAGCUGCAAAGCAUCGACUAUUGCUGUGGCUUCUGUGGUGACGGUGCUAAUGACUGCGGUGCGCUAAAGGCUGCAGACGUUGGGGUGUCACUUUCCGAAGCAGAAGCGUCUGUUGCGGCGCCAUUUACCAGCCACAUCUUCGACAUUUCAUGUGUACCGACGUUGAUCAAAGAAGGGCGAGCAGCUCUCGUGACAAGCUUCUGCUGCUUCAAAUACAUGAGCUUGUAUUCGGCAAUUCAGUUCACUUCUGUCAGCUUCCUCUAUGCAUCAGCAUCAAACCUGGGCGACUUUCAGUUUUUGUUCAUCGACCUGGCCUUGAUCCUGCCGAUUGCGAUUUUCAUGGGCUGGACCGGCGCAUACCCAAUUCUGAGCAAGAAGCGGCCGACAGCCAAUCUCGUCUCGAGAAAGGUGCUGACUCCUCUGCUUGGUCAGAUUGUGCUAUCUAUUCUUGUCCAAUUGAUUGCAUUCGAAACGGUUCAGAGUCAACCAUGGUACAUACCGCCAAAACUCAACAAGCAAAAAUCCAACGUCGACAACUCGCAGAACACCGCUCUGUUCUUGGUGUCUUGUUUUCAAUACACAUUGUCCGGGGUGGUAUUGAGCGUUGGACCUCCUUUCCGGCAAUCCAUGACGACGAAUGUUCCUUUCUGCGUCACGCUUGCGGUGGCUUCAUUGAUUUCUCUGUACAUGCUUCUCGACCCUGCGAAAUGGCUCGCUGACUUCAUGGACCUGACCGAGAUGUCGCUGGACUAUGAAUUGUUCUUGCUAGCAUUAGCAGUGGCCGGGUCCGCCGUGGCCUACCUCGCCGAGCGGUAUUUCUUCCCACUUCUUGCAAAAUUUGUGGGUCGGCUGAAGUUGAAGUUGCGACCUUCACAUCCUAAAGUCAGGAAGAGAUACAAAGUCAUUAUUGAGGAUAUACAGAAGAGUAAAUAGCCCUUGAACAGCACAUAGACAGCGACAAAUAGAGACAAUCAGGAUCCUAGAAAUGUUCUUAUGGUGAGUAUUGAAUGGCAAGUACGGCGGAGACAUGGUCUCUCCGAC